AUGCACCAAGUUGGAAUCGGACCGUCAGCGUCCUUGGAGUUUGUUGAGGCAAAGGUGACCCGUGAGCACGCUGUUGCCGUAUCCCCCACCAAUCCAGAGAACCGCGUCCAAGUCGCCUCCGAUCAAGAAACACAUCACCUACCCCCGCCGCAGUAUCCCGCCUCCGAGGCGUCUUCCUCCUCUCGACCUCCGCCCUUCUCCUCCCUCUUCGCUACCGUCGACGAACCCGGCGACAGUUCACGCGGCCAGCUUGCUUCUAUCCUUAGCAAAGUCAAAGCGCCUCAACCAUUUACCGCUCCCGCGUACACUGACGAGCAAAACCAAGACGUCGUCUUUGAUCCAGACCAGGGCUCCGAUCGAGCAUAUCUAGAUCACGUCGCCGAAACCAAGCGCGCUCUUCCUUCCGAUACAAAGGGAGAAUCAAGUCGCAAGGACGACGAUACAGAGCCUCCACCUGCAUAUUCUGAAGGAUCUGUCCCCUUAGACUCAUUUACAUACGUCAUGGCUGCUGCCGGAGGAGCUGCGAGUAUUAUUACUCAGGUCCAGCAAGGCGGACCCCCCAUCAACUCCAUUGGAGAUGUUGGUAUCGAUGAGGUUAUCACAAUGGACCUGCGCGGAACGCGCUUUGUUCUAUCGCGAGAUGAGCUUCUGACACUUCCUGAGUUUGUUCUUCUCUCCCUCUUCCCUAACGGUUUAUUCCCUGAAGGUCAUAUGGGACCGGGCGAGGACAACGCUCUCCAAGUCGACUACGACCCCGUAUCCUUGCAGUACAUGUUGGACUUCUUCCGUGAAGUUGCACAGUCGAUCCCAAAUGAUGCAUCACCCGAUUCUCAGGAUGAACACAUGGCGCCGCUGGAGCCUCUCGGCCAGCGCGAUGAUUCUAACCGUGCUGGUAUUAUUGUCCUCCGAGAGGACCUUGACUUCUACGCCAUUCCUCCUCGCGCCGAUAUUUCUCACCAGCACAUGAUGCAGAUCAAGAGAGCUGCGGCUAACGCUCUGCAACAACAAGAUGGCAUCUUUUCUGGAUUGAAGCGCAGCGACGAGCCUGGAACUACGGAAGCUCAUCUUAUUGAAAUGCUCACGGCUGGUGGGUUUAACCAUGACGAUCACUGGGGCCACCGUGCUGGCGAACCUAACAAGGCCGUCAUUUGCAGCCUUGCUCUUGCCCGUCUACGCAGCGACAUCCGAGGAAAUGACAUGAACAAUGCUGCCAUGGGUAUGGCCCAGAAGCUGCUGCUGUUCUGGCGCAAGCCAGCCCGAAGAUGCUGGUGGGAGGGUAUCGAGUUGGAGAAUGUAGAUGGCGUUCCUGGCAAGCUCAAGGUCUGGGUCCGUCGUGUCUGGACGCUCGAAAUGAGCGUCAUUGGACUGAGAUGA